GAUUGAGUUAGGUUAUGUUGUUUGUCAUCAGUCAUUUUCCUUUCGAGCUUUCGAUUAUAAUUCAGCUAUAUCAUGUUGAUCAAGCCUCUUGGUAAAUAAAAAAGUUAACUGUGUGGGUAUUUAAACGUGUUUCCGCCGCAAUCAAAGUAACCGAGAUCCAGUUGCUAUUUGCAGUAAGUACCUAACGCGGCGAAAGAAAAGUGUGUUACGUUCAAUAUUGCCCAGGGAAUCAAAGAGUAUAAUGCUUCAUCGAAAUUCUUACUUGAGUGAAAAGUUGGAGGAGAACUUUCGUUUCCACCGCUCACCUCAGUGAACAUUGAUCCUUUCCACUUUGCAUCUCUUUCACCCUUUUUCUGAAGUCUCUGAACUAAACUAGUUGCGAAUUGCGAAUCUACCUCUCUUUUAUCAUCUUCAACAGGGCGCUCUUCAUCAUGUCUUUCUAGUUUCAUUCCCUGGAAAAAGUUCUGCAUCAACCUUAAGAUGGCAACCCCUGACGCCAGCCAAGUUAGUUCUUUGCCUCUUCCGCCUGUCCAGUAUAUCAACAACUACACGGAUGAAAAUAUCAAGCGAGGCAGAGCUCCGAAACCGCCUCCACCUAUUGCGGACUCCUACACAAUGUUCGGCAAUCAAUUCAGUGCUGAUGACGUCAUAAUUCGGCCUUUAGAAAGUCAGGGAAUUAAACGGCUGUAUCCUCAACAUUUUGACCGAAGACGUGAAUUAAGGAAGUUGAACCACUCGCUUCUAGUAAAUUUCUUGGACCUGAUAGACUUGUUAGUUCAGUCUCCAGAUUCUCCGAGGAGAGCAGAAAAAGUUGAAGAUCUUAGUUUAUUGUUCAUUCAUAUUCAUCAUCUUUUGAAUGAAUUCAGGCCACAUCAAGCUCGAGAAACGCUGAGAGUCAUGAUGGAAAUGCAACGUAGGCAAACUUUAGAAGCCAUCAGUCGCUUCCAGAAACACUAUGACAAGGUGAUGGACAUCCUAAAUGAAGCCAUCCAAAUGCCUCCAGGAGCCAACUUAGAUAACAAAUUACUGGCAAGGACAGAAUUCUUCGAAGAAACCAAAAUGGAUGACAAAGAUGCAGAAACGCCGGAUGCAUGCUCGCCACAAGAUCAGUUGAUGUGUUCCAUCAUUGAUGCAAUGCAGUGAAUGUUUUCAAAACUGACACUCUGUAUGUUUCAGUUUUGUCUUUUGAGAAACAGAUAUCAACUUCAAUCAGGUUUUGAUUAUCUAAGCUGUGAUACACUGAGGUCGCACGUGACUUGGGUGCCACCAAACUUAGGACCAAUACUCUCAUUUCAUUACUUUUCUGUAAAUUUUGGAAUUUAGAACAGGGCAACACUUAUGCCAUUGGACUGAGUUUUCAGUAGCAGUUUCAAAACACGUAUAUAAGUUUGCAGGACAAGUAGGAAUAGAAAGGAGGGUGUCCCCAUUCAUUUUGAAGGAAGUUUGUGGCAAUUUUUAGUCGAAAAUAUCAGCACCGCAUUUAACGCAUCACAUUAAGGGUUUACUCAUGGCAUUGUCAAACACUCUUCUAAGUUUGCAAGACAAGUCGAAAUGGAAGGAAGGUGGACCAUGUGAAAGAAAAAUUAUGAUGGGCAUUUUUUUCCCUUAUUUACACUAGAAGCUCUCUUGAUGCAACUUAAGAUUUACUGUUUGCUUUUCAUAUUUUUAGUGCAUCAUACGUAAAUUUCAAGGCUCAUUUGUUCAAUAAUUGAUUGUGACUUUAACAAACAUGCUGUGGGUAUCGUUGCU